AUGUACACAUUUUUAGAACAGCACUAACCCACAAAACCAGUAUCAGGAUUUCGUUUCAGACACUUAAAAGCACUAAGUGAAGCAAACCCACUUUCUAGCUUUUCUCUUUUCAUUUCACUUCAGUUUAUUUUUCAAAAAUCAAACUAAUAUCAUGAGUUGCCAAUCAUCUGAUAACAAUACGCAAGAAUCGUCAUCUUCUCUAUCUGAUUCUUGCAGUAGUACUACUAAUAAAACUAGAGAAGCUCACUCAGAUGAAGAAGUGUUGUUAGCUACUAGUCUUCCAAAAAGGAAAGCUGGAAGAAGAGUAUUCAAAGAGACUCGCCAUCCAGUUUACAGAGGUGUAAGGAAGAGAAAUGGGAAUAAAUGGGUUUGUGAGUUAAGAGAACCGAACAAGAAAACAAGAAUAUGGCUUGGGACUUACCCUACACCAGAAAUGGCAGCUAGGGCACAUGAUGUUGCUGCAUUGGCUUUUAGAGGCAAGUCUGCUUGUCUUAACUUUGCUGAUUCAGCUUGGAGAUUGCCUGUGCCAGCUUCCAGAGACGCAAAGGAGAUUAGAAGGGCAGCUUCUCAAGCUGCUGAGAUGUUUCGGCGUGAAGAAUCUGAUGAUGUGCAGAUUACAAGGCGAGAUGAUAGUUUUGUAGAUUCAACUGAUUCAGAGUGUAAAAAUUAUGAAGAAAACUUGUGGUUUGUAGAGGAAGACACCAUAUUUGAUAUGCCAAGAUUACUUGUGGACAUGGCUCAAGGUCUUUUACUCUCUCCUCCCCGUUUUGAAGGAGAGUUUUCUAAUGAUCAUUGGAAUCCCUUAGAUAGUAGUGAUUCUGAUAUGUCAUUGUGGAGUUACUAAUUUUUUGAAAAUUUUAUGCACCAUCUCGUAAAUUUUUUUAGGCGCGAAGUGAUAUUUAAAUAAAACUCUCCUGUAGUAUAAUAUUUUUUAA